AUGGGUAUGAAGUCCCGCUUGCUUGACGUUGCUGAAGCGAGGACAUUGAAUGUGAGCUCCAAGUGGGCCAUUUUUGGAGUGUGUAACAACUCACCUGCCGAAUCAACUAGCCCUGAAAAUGGAUGGCGCUUGAGCGGGAGACUUAUACCCGACCGUUGCUCGGCUUGUGUGUUCCGUAAGGAAUUCGCCUGGCCGCAACGAGUAAGAGGGUCGCAGUGGUUUGCGUCGAAGGCUUUGGGCGUAGGCCCGGCUGGAGCUUCCACUGGUGCAGAUCUUGGUGGUAGUAGCAAAUAUUCAAGUGAGAUCCUUGAAGACUGA